GAAAGCCUGAUCAAAAAAUCAGAUCUCGUGAUACUUUGGAAUCUUAAACACGACACAUAUAUAUGCAAACAUAAUUAUAAUAUUACCACAUACAUAUAUAGAUGUGUAUGAAUAUGUACAUUUAAUUAGAAGUUUAGAUCCACAUUGUGUUAUUGAGAAGUCUGGAUAUAUAUUAUAUGUAUACAUAUAAGUCAUUAUUUGCAAGAUAAUAUGGUUUCAUUAAAUUAAUAUUAUAAUAAAAUAAAAGUUGGACAAAUACAUACCUAACAAAGCCCGAUUGUGAAAACACCAAUAAUCUAUCCUAUCAUAACAAAUAACUUAUACUACAUUCUUUUAGCCGGAUAAUGAUCAGUAAAAAUCAUAAUUCAUUAGCAAAAGGACACUUAAGACCAAUAAUUAAUGCCAUAAAAGAGGAUGAUUUAAAUACAUUCAUUAAUGCUACAAGAUCAGUGAAUAUUUCUACAACAUUUGAUUUCGAAACAACUGAAGAUACGUUAGUACGUCAAACAGGGGCUGUUAAAAUUACCACAUUAUCGGCGGCAACAUUUCUACACGUAGCUGCAUGGUACUCAGCACAUCGAAUAAUUGAUCAUAUUUUAAAAGGUCAUUCAGAGUCACUAAUUGAAAAGAAAACAGUAGAAGGUUUCACUCCAUUGCAUAUUUCCGCCGGAGUUGGUGAUUUUGUGGCAGUCGAACGACUAUGUAAAGCUGGAGCUAAUCCUGAAACCACAGAUACAAGUGGUAGAAAUGCAUUACACCAUGGUGUGGUUGGUGAUCCGGAGACUGCUGUUGUUCUUUGUUGUAUUAAUAAAAAAUUAGUCAUGGUUGCAGAUUCUAAAUUUCAAACUCCUGUUCAUUAUGCUUUGGAUCCAACUCGUUCAGCAUGUCAUAAAUUCUUGGCUGCAUUAUAUCAUGAUGUUAUACAAUCGGCUAAAGAUAGUACAGAUAAAUUAUCAGAGAAUGAUAAGAACUUAUCAUUGACAUGGAUUCCGUUGAAUAUCAAGACCCCUGUUUGUGUAAAUCCGUCAAAAAAUCCUUCUUAUCCUGAAUUAUGUUUAUGUAAUACACCAUUAACUGAACAUCAUGAAAUGACAAAAAAUCCUCAAUUUUUUAAAGCAUUAAAAACUGGUAAAAUGAAAUAUUAUGAUUUACCAACAAAAACAUUCGGUGAUAUUGAAUUACCUACUGGCGCAUAUUCUCCAAAUUUCAUCCGAGUUUCCGACCAAACAAAUCCAGAACUUAUGAUGCAAAUUUUUACUAAGAUUUGGAAUUUAUCACGUCCGCAAUUAGUAUUGAGCUUCUAUGGAGAUUAUACUGAUUCUAAAGUUAUUCGUGAAAAAAUACGACGAUUAAUUUGGAAAGCUAGUGAAUCCACAAAAACAUGGGUUAUCACUGAUGGAACCAAACGUGGUAUAUCAGGAAUAGCUAGUGGUGCCGUAAAAGAUUUUAUUCAAGCUUAUGGAGAAGGUCAAGUUGAAGCUAUUGGAAUAGUACCUUGGAAAUUUAUAUCAGACAACAAAAUAUUUAUACCUGACGAUUAUUCCGGAUUUUCCUCAGUAAUAUUCUCUUCGACUGCAGCAGAUGACAACAAACAUUUUGUUUUGGAUCCGAAUCUCACUCAAUACAUUUUUGUAGAUACAGCCAAACAACUUAUACCCCAUUAUGAAUAUAACUUUAGAGCUUCAAUAGAAUUAAUCCUCAAAAAGUGGAAGUUAAUUCCAGAUGAUUCACCACAAAUCUUGGCAGAAGCUCCAAUCCAAUUAUGUGCAUUUCUUUCCGGUGGAGAUGAAUCAACACUUAAAGCAAUAUAUGGAACAAUGCAAAAUACGAUUCCUGUUGUACUUCUCAAAGAAACAGGCAGGUUAGCAGAUAUUAUAACUCAGUGUAUUGAAGACACUGAACUUGGGUCUAAAGCUACAUAUAAAAAAUCAAUCAGUGAAGGGUCAACUGGAACGGAAACAUUUCAAUUAUCACCUGGAAAUAUUAAACAGACUAUGGAAUAUUAUUGGGAUCAUAUUACACAUCCAGAAUUAUCUGUAUUAAUGAUUCAAGAAAUUUUAGAGAAAACAUAUUUAUUUAGUAUUUGUGAAGCAGAAGGUGAAGAUGAACAUGGUGAAUUAGAUUAUCAUCUUUUAUCUUUAAUAAUGAAUCCUUCCAUAAAGGAGAAUGAAAAGCCAGAUGAACUUAACGAAACCCUUCUUUCUAUUGCUAUUGCUCUAAAUCGAAGUGAUAUUGCCAGGGAUAAAGUAUUUAUGGAAGGAGUGAAGUGGGAUAAUUCUAAAUUAGUAAAACAUAUGAAUGCAUUAUUAUUAUCAAACAAAGUACAAUUCAUUUGUGUAUUUAUUGAGAAAGGAUUUUUAUUAUCUAAUUAUUUAACUGCGGAAAGACUUCAGUUACUUUAUACACAAUCUAUUCAUUCAGAUCAUCCAGGAGAAACUCUCAUUAAUGUGAUUCGUGCAUUUGUUAAGAUUCCAGAUCAGAUUAGUCUUUAUUUGAUUGGUCGUGCAUUGCGUGAACUUGUUGGUAGACAAUAUUGUCCAACUUAUAUGGCUCCUCACUUUUUCUUGAUAACAACUGGAGCACCAAAAGCACAAAUAUUUGAGAAUCCUGCAACUGAUUUAUUUAUUUGGGCUUUAUUAACUGAACGAGCUACUUUAGCCGAUUAUUUUUGGACACAAGUUCAAGAUCCACUUCCAGCAGCAUUGUUUGCCGCUUUAUUAUUACGGCGUUUAGCAAUGAAUGCAACAUCUUUAGUGACUAGAGAAGGAAUGUUUCAAUUUUCAAGAUCUUUUGAAUCAAAAGCUUAUAGUUUGUUAACUGAAUGUUAUAAUGACAAUCAAAGUUUGUCAUUUAAAACAAUUAUACUUGAAAGAAAAUUAUUUGGACGUAUGUCAUGUCUUAUGCUAGCUGCAGAAGGCAAAUCCAUGAGUUUCAUUUCACAUCAGUGUUCUGAACAAUAUCUUGAACGUGUUUGGAACGGAAUGAUUGAUCCAAGAUCAGGAAUGUUUCCGUUUAUUGUAGCCUUAAUAAUUGGAAUAACCCUACCUCCAUUAGUACCCUUUUCGUUAAAAUUCCAAGUCAAAGAAAAUGAGGCUAAUAAAUUUGAAACGGAUAAAAAAUCUAGAAAGCCAUCAGAUAGAAAAAUGUCUAUAGAUGGCAAAAGACCGACAUAUGAAACCUAUCAAACAGCCGAUAAUUCAUUAUCUAUGUAUUUUCAAAAGCUUCGAGGAUUUUAUUUAUCACCUUGUGUACGAUUUUCAUAUACAACAAUCUCCUACAUUGCAUUUUUGUGUUUUUUUACCUACGUUUUACUAUUUGCUGUUGAUCUACUCUUACCUGUGUUCUCAUUUCAAAAUAUUCUCUUAUAUAUGUGGGUGAUCUCUUUUAUUGCAGAACAUAUACGUCAUGGAAUGCUGGGUGAAGUUCCAUUUAAAAUAUAUUUAACAAAGCUAUGGAAAUGUUUGGAAAUUAUGGCCAUUAUUAUAUUUAUACUUGGCACAGCAUUACAACUUUUAGUAUUGACUGAAGAAGCGGAAAGAUUAUCAUUUACACCAGUGAAUCCAGUUAGUGCUAUACAAGAAGCUUUAUUGCAGUUGGCAAGAAUAUUUUUUGGACUUUCAUUGUGUAUAUUCUAUCAUCGUAUCUUAGAAUUAUUUACAGUAAAUAUACGUUUAGGACCAAUGGUUAUUAUGGUACAAUCUAUGAUUGUUCGUGAUUUAAUUCCAUUUUUGGCUUUGUUCACUGUUGUCGUAGCUGGAUUUGCAAUAUUACAAUGGGUUACUGCUUAUCAAUCAACGGCUAGUUUAAAUCCACUAACAAAUUUAUUCACUGUGUUCAAAGCUUUACAAUUGGCCUAUUUCCAAGUGUUCGGUGAAUAUGAAAUGAAUACUUUAUCUGGUGAAGUUUUAUUGGACUCCUGUAAGAAUGAUAAAAUUAACUGUCCAGGAGGCUGGUCCACUUGGCUAUCACCAAUACUUCUUGGUGUAUAUGUAAUACUUACUCAAGUUUUACUAUUGAAUCUUGUAAUUGCUAUGUUUGCCUCUACGUAUAUGAGAAUUGAAUCGGCAUCAACAAAAUAUUGGGCAUUACAAAGAUAUCAUAUAGUAGGAGAAUAUGUGAAUCGUUCACCGAUUCCACCUCCUUUAAACAUAAUCUGGUAUAUUUACUUAAUAAUACGUUAUAUAAUAAGAGGCUGCAGGAAAAGUCCACUGAAAAGUGAUCAUCCGUUUAAAAAAUCCUUUGAAUCUGGAUCAUCUCAAGAACUACGUCUUAUACAUUGGGAAAGAUUACGUUUUUGGGAUUAUGAUCGAUAUAUUAUUCAAGGUAAAAAACGUAAACAGAAAGAGACUGGAAAAAUGGUCAGUGUUCGAACUACAGUAAUGCAAAUGAAUAGAGGUGCUGAAAUGUCAUCAGAAAUAGCUGCAGCUAUCUCAACAUAUUAUCAUACAACGCAGGAUCAUCUAGCAAGAGUUGAAUCAAAAGCUGAUAGACUUAAAAUUGUUGAAGAGAAAGUUGAUAGAGUAUUAAGCUUAAUCAAAGAAUUAAACUUAAAGAAAUUACAAUCAGAAGAAACUCAACCUAAACAGCAAACAGGCAUGGAUACAUCUCUUGGUUCAAGGCUUGAAAGAAUACUUAUAACUAAAGAAAAACCAAACAUAGCUUACUCCAGAUCAAAAUCAACUGAUCAACCAAUGAUAAAACUGAUUCAAGGAACAAAAAGCAGUCAGCUAGCUGUUUUUGAAAAAGGAUCACACAAAUAUGCAGGAUUUGUGCCACCAACAGCUGAUCGUACACCUCGUCUAUUUCCUCAUCCAAUACCAUGGGAUAAACAGUCACAGAAACCAAUGUGUUUAGGCUGGAAACCUCCAGUUUACUCAAUUGAAGGAUGGACUGAACCAGGAAAUUUCGCUGAAAUUUCAGAAGAAAGAAAGCUUCAAUUCAAAACACUAAUUCCUAAUGUUCCUCCUCCCGAUCCAAUAACUGGAUGUCCUAGAAAUCCUGGUGGUCGCACUGGAGUUAAUGGAAAAGGACAUUUGCCUGAAUGGGGUGCAAACUCAGCUAUUAUACUAGUCAUUACAAAAAAGAUAGGUGAACUUCUAUCUGAUUCCGAAUAUACAACAGAGAGAGAUUUUAAAGUUAUUGUUUAUAAAAAUCCGUUAGGCUCACAACUACCAUGGGGUACCAACAACAUGAACCACACAAAUAAACUGACAAUAUUGUGAAGAAAUUUUGGAGAGAAGGAUAGUGAAGUCAAUAAAGAAUGAACCAGAAACGGAUGUGGGCUUUAGUAUGUGGAUCGAUAGUCAAUGGUCGGGAAAUAAGAGAUUCUUAUCAAGGUUGCUGGGCUAAAAUAUCAACUCAACUGUCCGUUGGAUUCGUCUGCACAGAGUUUAGGGAGCUUUUGGAAGUUUUGAACUGCAUUGCAAUCAACUUCAAAGAUCGUGUCAUUAAAACCAAACAUCUUGCUACCAGUGACUCUGAUGAGUUGAAACAGCCACUCCCAAUUACCAGGUCCAUCUUCUUCCUUCAACUCAUUCGCUUUAUUUCUUGUUGUUUAUAUAGGCUUUAUGGCAUUCUCUUAGUUGCGGAUGUAGAUGUAACAUUAUACUCAUUAUUCGCCGGAGUAGACCUGCUUGCGUCUCAUAGAGUGGCAAGGAGUCUUCAGAGCUCUGUGUAGGACUAUAAGUUGGCUGGUCACUGAUAAGCUUUGCACAUACCAAGGUAUGAUCAGAAUUCAGAGAGAUAUGUGAAAACGUUUAAAGUUCGUAAAAAGCUGUAGAGAGUGAUAAACGUUAUCUUACAAGGGAAUACCGAGCUCUUCACCGAGUCUAGACAUUCAACCUAGGAAUGCAAACCUCCACGUAACUCUACGAUAUCUGUCGAUGGCACUUUCUUUAGAUCAUUUAACUAAUGGUAGAGCUCAUCUUUAAUUACAUCCGGGAUGUAAGUGAAUAUUAAAAGCAUAAAUUGUUUUCUACUAUAGUUUACCUCGCUUUUAUGGGGCCUUCUAACCUAGUGUGAUAUGACAGAAUAAGAUGACACUAAUUAGGUCAAUAUUUUUGCUUUAAUUCAUCAUGAAUUUUGGACGGGGUGACAAGUGUGAACUUCGUGCAAUGUGACAAUUAUGUUGAUUGCACCAGUUGAGGUGAACUAGAUUUCGCAUGUGUUUACAAUCCCUCUACAUGUUCCUCCCCAUAGGUUCCACUAUAAACUGUGUGUAAAAAUUCAUAUAUUACUGAUUGCAUUUUGUUAAUGGACGUGUUUUUGAAGAAUCAAUAAAUGUUCAUUGCACCACUUUUUCGUGUUCCUACUUAGCGCUGUGGGAAUUGAAGCAAAUCACGAUUGUCGAGAAUAAGCAGUAAGACUACGGACCCAAAAAUAUCGAUACGGACGGUCAGCUAGCACUGAGGUCACUCAUUAAAGUAACGACCCCGGAUUACACAGUGGAGACACGGUAUAACAGAGUUGACCAACAGGCUAUAAAAACAACAACACCAAAUUCUCAGCCUGAGCUACAAAAGUUCUCCAUCACCUCGUAACCUAAUAGUAGUCAAGCAACUGCUGUUGAGAAUCUAAUCGAAUAAUAUUACCUACUCUGUGGCGUUUAGUACAGUCCCACGGUUUUAUUAACCCAGUACACUGAAGGCCAAGUGGAAUAUUGUUAAACAUAUACUUGUCUACAUCGGCUUUUGAUAAAUAUUAAACCAUCAUUAGUUCAUGACAAAGUUUGUCUCUGAAUUGUGUUGAAACUUAUUAAUUUUAAAAUUAUUUAAACUAUAUGCAUGAUGAGUUAAUUAUCUAAUCAUCCUACCAGCCGCAAGUAAUAUCAUUAUUUAGCUCCAUGAAGCAUUGAUUAUAUGUAUUUAAAUCCCCCAGUAUUUAGAGUAGAGACUUAUAUUGUGGAAGUAUGAGCCUUGAUCAUAUUCAGUAACACCAAGGUUCGCGGACCAGAAUACUAAAUAAAACUAAUGCUCAUGAACCAACGUACACCGAGAGAUGACAAGGGCUAUAGAUAAAUAGCCCAUUUUUUGGUGAAUAUAAUGUUCUCUGUCAUAGUUUUUACCAAAACUACAUAUGCGCUAAAUAAAAUCAGAAGAGAUGAAGUUGUUUUAUAACAAGAAAUUUAGGAGUUCCACAAACCUUAAUUAAAUAUUACGUUCUCAAGUAGUCACUGAAAUACUAAAAGGAAAACACUCAAGAAUAAUUUAUCACUGUCUACAUAGAUGGUAUAUUAUUUGUGCAUCAUUGAUAUCAACGUUACGAUUCAAUGCAUCUUUGCAACUUAGAAAAUUUUGAAGUUCCUGAAUUUCAAACCCGUAAGGUAUAUAAUUUUAAUUAACAUCGUUACUGAUGAGAUAUUUGAGGUUAUCUUAACUGAGCAGUAAAAAUAAUUGUUAACACUGAUUCACCAGAAGAUAGUAGUCAUUACUGUUCUCAACUUAGAAAACAGAAUUUUUUAUAAACGACAUGGUACUUAUUAAUUUGUUGUAUGUUUAUAAAUACAAAAGACUCAAGUCUACCAUGGAAAACUCUAGACUACUAUUUUCGUUAUUCAGGACUAACAAAACUAUCAAGUGCCUUUGUCCUUAUGACCUAAAAUUCAGGUUUUUCUACACAAACAGCUAUAUAAAAUUCAAACCGUAAACAUAAACAAAAACGAUAAAGUCUAUAGUAAUUUUGAUAAAAAAAAGUUUAGAUUAUAAAGUUAAUUACUUUAUUAUUUUACUUGAUAUCAAAAGUGAUUACAAUGAACGAUAUGAAUUAGGCAUUGCAUGUAUAUAUCUAUUAAGGGGAAGUGUUAUUUGAACGUUGGUUUGUUUAAUGAGCAUGUUAAACAUUGAGUUUACUCAAGUAUACAAUUUCACUACCUGUAGAAAUAAGUAAUCAGUACCUCAGGGUUCUACAGUAAACUUUAAAGAAAUCGAUAUUAAAAUUUGCGUAACAGUGAUAAAAUAAAGUGAAAGAUGUCAUAAAAUGACUCGAACAGUAGCAUGACAUAAUAAAUUAUGAAAAGAUUAUGCAUUACCAAACUUAAUAAGUUGAUGCAGCUUAAGGUUAUUUUAAAUAAUUACAUAAACGUUUAAGAUAAAUUAAAAAUGAUUUAUUUUCACAGCAAACUAGAAUAUUUAGUUUUGAGUUUGAGUAUUCAUUAAUAAAUGGGUUCAAGUUCUUCUGAAAAUGUGAUAAAGUAUUAUUAAUUAUAAGUCAUAGAACUUUUAUAGUAAACCAAAUAAGAGUAUAGAAUUAUUAGAUUUAACAAAAUGUAAAUUUAUAAUUCAUUAAUGAUUCUUACUUUGAAAUACAAGUACAUUCUGAUUGGUUUGUCUAUUACUUUUGAAAUGGUCAUUUAUUUUAUAUUAUCUUAUUUUAGUUUCUAGUUCAACAUCCUACUGGUUGUAAUCGUAAAGUAUGUGUCAACGAAAUAUUUGGUAUUCUCACAAAAAAUCGUAUGAAACACUUGAUAAAAUCGAUGCCAACAAAGAAAACAACUUUAGUAGAAACUGUGAAAAAGUUCAACAGUUUAACUACAAAAAUUAUAUAUUCUGGAUAUUUGGAUGAUACAAUCAAUACAGAUAACGCCUGGAUCGAACCAACUGUAGUCCAUAAACAUAUUUCUGAUCCAGAUUUUGAUCAUGAUGAACUUAUUCAGGUAAAUCCAAUGACUUUCUAACAAUAUUUUAAUGUUUAUCAGAAAAAGUAUACUUUUGUCGGUGUUGUGAAAUUGGGCCCAAUCUGCAAUAAUAUGAUAAUUAAAAAUAUUCGAAUUAUCGUAUUAACUAGGAAUUCCCGAAACAGUGCAAUUUAAGCCAAACAGAACUAGGUGAGCACUAACGAACGUAUUGUAUUUAGAACUCGAAAUCAGACAUGCAUCAAGUACAAAAGAAUCAUUAGUUCAUACAAACACAAAUAAGCUAUGGACCUACACUUCGUUUUAGUAGAAACCCAUCAGUAAUUCAAAGCUUUAGUUUUGGGGUAGCUGAUGUUUCAUGUAAGGUUAGAAUCCGUCUUAUAUAAUAUCAUGGGCAAAAAACUUCACUGAAUUAUUAAGCUUGUGACCGAUUUCUUGAAGAACUAAGGUGUUCAAAGUACCCUGUUUCUAGUUAGUUCAUGUUAAUCCUCUGUACUGUUUUUCGUUGUGCAGAAAUGUAGGCUUGUUAUGUUAAAAAUGUCGCAUAUAAAGUCAUUGAACGAGAUUCAACUUAUCAUGCUCUGGUGAACUAAAUACCCAUUAUAUCCCGACACAUUAGAAAGUUAACUAGUCUCUCAAUGGUAUUUAAGUACCAAACAUCAGUCAGCUAACAUCGAAUCAUUUGUUGUUACUAUCCCUAUUUAACCAAUAUAUCACCUUUACUCCAAAAUAUUAAAAGUAAGCCCCGGGUACUAAAUUGGUGUAUGAGUCAAUUUUAUCUACGUGAAUCUUCCCAUCUAGACACUUAGAAAGGAAAGACUUGAUAAUAAAAAAAUUCACAGCACACUUAUGUUUGUGGUAACCUAUUAUGGCUUACUGGUCGUGACGUUAAUCAAUUAAGGAAACUUGAUACAUUAGGUCACUUAAUGUAACCUUGUGACAGAAACAUGUGAGUUCGACUAUUUCUGACAUCACCUUGCAGGCAAACUAUCGAAAUGGCUUGACUAUUAACCUUCUUUGUAGACAAUGACUAGUUACGCUGAUCAUUUUUCUCGAAAAUACCAAUAAACGAAAAGACGAAAAGUAAUAGUACAAAAUCGCUAUGUUUGGAUGGAUCUCUAACUCAAAAAUCUACAUGCUUAAAUAAAUGAACAACCCGACCACAACGCACCAUAAUUAGGAAAGUGCAACGUGCCAACACAAGUAAUUUAGAGCAAACAUUGGAAUACAAGGCUCCGAUUAGCUUACCAUAAAUAGGGAACAGGAAAAAUUUAAAAACUUUACAGAUCGAACGGAAGCAUGGGACUGAGAAGAUAACGAAGACACACUAAAUUUUGGCAAUUGUAAGCUAAAAAUUAAGUCUAACGGUGUUCGUGUUUAUUCGUCGCAGCACAACAAAGUUAUUCAAAUGGUUGCUCAAUACUUAUUUCGAUGACGUGUACCUUAAGUCAAAAUUCAACUUUUCACCAAUCAAUUAAAACAAGAAGAUGGAAUAAUCAUUAGUACAACUCUAUCUAAUGCUUUGCUUUGUAGAGUGCUUCAGUAAAAUUACUCGAAUAUUGUUUUCAUGUUAAUGUACAACGUAAAUGAGAAGGCGUUGUCUUCACCGACCUACAAUUUACUCUUGUAAUUGUAAUUAUGGAAAAGUUGUAAGUGGAACUUUGGCUCAUUGGAUAAGGUAAAUUACUCUCAACCAGCAGGUAGAAAGUUGAAACCCCAAUUCACAUAUUUUAGUUUGGAGAUCUAGAUACCAUUAUUGUCCUUCACUCGAACGGUGUGACUAUACUUAAUGAGUUAUCCAUUUUUCAAAAAUUACAUUCGUAAACUCUUAGUAAAUAAUCAAAUUCUGUUUAGUUAUGAGCAUUCGUGAAAGGUGAUAAGUACAACAAUGAGACAUUUUACUUUAUCUAUAAAAAGUUGAAAAUAUAUUUAUAAAAUGUCAUUUACCUAUAUUUUUAGUUACUCACUCCGGAAGGAAUUAAUGCGGUAUGGUUAGAUUCAACAAAUACAGUAGGCAUGAGAUCAAGUCAUGAGAAAAUUCUUCGACAAGUCAGAAGACGAAUACAAUCUUCCAGUAUAGACAUAUCAAAAACCACAAAAGAAGUCACAUUCCAUGAAGAAAAUGUGUGAUUAAAAAAAUAAUAAAUAAAAAAUCUAUCAAAUAUACUUGCUGAAAACUAGUUGGUGCCUAAAUUUUCACGUAAUUAGUUGUGAUUUUGUUGUAUCCCAAAAAAACAGAUUUGAACAUGUAUAUUCCACUAUUUUGAUAUGUAAUAGAAAUAUUCCAUUAUUGUAUUCCAAAGGAAAAAGAUUUUCACAUGAAUUUGUACAGUAACACUUCUGAAUGAAGCUGUUAGAUAUUUUUGCAGUUAAUGUGCCAAGUUUAGCGAUUACCAUUCUCAAUUCGAGUAGAUUAAUCCUGCUGAUAAUAGACGACAAAACGUCUUUCACGUAUCACUUUUCUUGGUCGCUUAUUUUGCAUUCUAUCUAGCUAGUAUUGUAAACGUUUACUGAAGGAUACACUUUGGAUACUCAAAUAAUUACUUUUCUUUACCGUCAUUUUACAUCAUGUAUUUUAUUCUUUCUGAUUGUUUUGUUAUACGAAUACGAAUACGAAUAACUUGGAUAACACGUUUUAUGAGCUGAGCUUAUUAUUCGUAUAGUCCUCAUUACCACAUAAACGAUUGGACGCCUAGAACCGAUGGAUUCUUUUGAAAAAUGAUGACUUAUGCAUUAAGUACUAUUAAUAACUGUUAAAAGUUAAGCAGUGAGUGUUAUAAGCAAAAUAAACAGUGGUAAUCUUGUAUUAAACGUAUAAAUUAAAAUUGCAAGAGACUGUACAAACGUCACCAGGAUUUAUUUGAUUGAGAUACACCAGCCUUAAAGUUUGAUGAAAACAAUGACCAUUUCUUGAUAGUGAAAACAAAGAAGUGGGAUUAGAUAGAAUGUGAAUCUCAGAUUUUUUUAUAUUCCACGUCUAUUCAACUGUCAAUUAUUAUGCGCAGUGUCCACACAUUGAUUCACACUUUAUAUGGUAAGAACCACAAAGAUACUUCGACCCACUUAAAAGACAUACAGGUUGUAAAGAUUUUGUGAAAAUUGUUCCCCCUCUAACUGAUGACUG